UUUUAUAGAAGAUGGCAAAGCAGCCAAGCAAGUGCUAUCACACGGUAUCAAUAGUAGCCUUUGAACAAGAAUUUAACAAAGUCGGCAACAUACUCACAGAUUAUAGAACAAAAUCAGCGCACAAUCUCUUGAAACGCUCAUUUGCUACCACGGUUGGUAGAAGGCCCAACAUAGAAUUCAAGAAGUUUGCAUCACCCGACCACUAGCAAACAUUCCGACUGAUUUUUAGUAAAGGUGCUCGUAUGGAUGCAAACGCCCUCUUCGCUCUGAACAAGAAGAAGGGCAAGGCCCAAGCCAAGAAGAAGGACCCUUCGGGCCAGCAGCCUGUUGAUGCCUUCUUCCAGAAGGAGAUGACGGAGCCCUCUGCUGUUGCUGUCGUCGCUGAUGUGGCUGGGGGCCACGAAGAAGAAGAGGAUGGCAAGGGGGUCGAGCCCCCUGUCAAGAAGCAGAAAGUUGUCGGGGAUGUUGCUGAGAAGGCGGCCCUCAUGGUGAUUAUAGAGGAUCGGUCCUCUGCUGAGCCCCCGGCUGCGAUCGUACUGACGGCCCCUUCCAACGACCCUUCAGGGGAAUUUCCUCGGGAGACCUUGCAGGUUCCCCUCGUCAAGGGGACUGCAGUGAUGUAUGGCACAAUAGAGCCGAAGGCUUUUCUGGGGAGCAUCACCUCGGACCUGGAUAGGAAGGCCCUCGGGACCUACGAUGACGAGGCCCUCGAGAACAAGAUCCUCCGGUCUUCCCUCAUCGCCUGCAUAGCCCUCGGCGAGCAAGCCCGGCGGCUGGAAGAAUGGCGCCUCCAGAAGGCCCAUAAUGAUGAGAAGCUGAAAAAGCUUAUCCACGCGAACUCUGAUGCCAUAAAGCAGAUGGCCCAACUGGAAGAGGACCUUCGGCAGGCGAAGGCGGAGACCGAGAGAGACAGAGCAGUGAGGGCUGAAGCUGAGAGGAUUCACACUGAGGCCACUAAGAAAAACGUCGAGGAGGCGGAGAGGGCCAGGGCCGAAGCGGUGUCUGCUGCGGAGAGGUCAGCGGUCGAAAGCUUUGUCGCCGAGGGCUGGACUGCCGAGGAGAGGAAGGCUUGGCUUUCCUUGAUGGUGGGGAGAAGUGUCGACGCCUGGGUCGAAGGCCCCGACAAGGACUGGUUGGCCGAGAGAGGUGAUACUUACUAUCAAGGGAGUGAGUUCUUCACCCAGCACUUAAUUUACAGGAGGCUCGUUCACCACUUCAAUGUCUCCCUCGAUCAGUUUGACCCGGUGGUGUAUGGUCUUCCCCCGUUGCAGCCUGAUGUGAGAAUCCCACUCCCCUCGGGCGAAGAGAGGCCGGUGAUCGAUGAUUCAGUGAUGAUGGGCAGAGAUGACGAUGAGGUCACUGGGGAUGAUGCCACCUCCAAACCUGCCGAAGGGGCCAUUGAUGAAGCCGUCACCUCAUGAUUUGCACUUAGAAAUAUCUUCUAACAAACAUUCGUAUGCUUCCGGCUUCGGCCAUGAUUGCAAACAACUUUUUAUUCCCUGUUGAUGGAUGAAUGUCUGCCUUCGGGCCUUUUAUAUAUAAUUUGCUUUUCCC